AUGUUAAUUGGUUCAGAUUUAUCUAUUUUUGGCGAUGAACAACAUUCAGCUAUUAGUCUUCGUUUAAGACAUAUGAAUAAAUCAAUAAAUGCUUUAACUGGUAUUAAUCGUUGGCUUAAUGAUUUAAUGUGUAAUGUACUUGAAUUAGCAAUGUGUUAUCAUGUCGAUGCUAUUAUUCAAUUAUAUGAAAUAAUUAAAACAGAAGAUAUACUUUAUUCAAAUACAACCAAAGCAGAAUAUAUAUAUUGGUCAUGUAAAGGUCUAGAUGAUGAUAUUGUUACAUUAUAUGAUUUAACAAAUUUAUGUGAAACAGAUCAUGAUGACAAUUUAUAUACAUUACCAGUUGCUACAUUACUUUAUACAAUGACACAUAAUAUUGUAUCAAAUUCUGAUUAUGAAACAUGUUUAGAAGAACCUGGUACAAUACACACAUUACUUAAACAUUAUCUAGAUAUUAUCAUAUAUAAUGAACAAACAACUAUUGAAGAAGAAUUAUUAAAACGUCAACAACAAGUUGAUGAGUCAUGUAUACCAGCUGGAAAAUUAAAACAAUUAGAACUGAAAAUCGGAUGA